CCGAGAUCUCGUGCAAGCGUGCAGCGCCGCUAUGGAGACCCCAUUCCCUAACCCCUCUGCGUCUGGCUCGACCCGAAGCGUGGCGACCUCAGAAGACACGCCGAGCGCACAUAGCGAACCGCCAAGCCUUACCCCCUCCGACAGCAACCCGCCCACAACCGCCAACACAGCAACAAAAGCAGACACAGCAACAACCGCCGACACAGCAACAACAGCAGACGCAGCAACAACACAGAGUGGUAGCACAACACACUCUCCUCAACCCACCUCCGCAUCGGCACCUUCAAGCACCGCCAUGUCGUCGUCCUCGGCGGCGACGCGGACCACCAAGCACCGCAAUCGAUGCAGCUUCUUCGGGUGCUGGCGCAAGGACCGAGACAUGACCGACGGCGCCGUGCACAUUGGCAAGAUGCGACGAGAAGAAAUCCUCCUGGGCCCAGGUGGAUGGCCCGCCCCGCAGUCGUUUGAAGCCAAGUGCCGCUUCGACCGGGAGCUCUCCAAGGCUCGUGCCGUCGUCUGCGCAUCCCAUUUGAACGCAAAGGGCAGAGAUAAGCGCACGCGUCGCAGCCGCAAGCCAUUUUCGCCAACCGACUUUGUUCCAAUGCAUCGUUCCGUUGACCACGACCAAGACGAGCAGCAGCAGCAGCAACAACAAUCGCACGCACAGCAGCAGCAGCAGCAGCAGCAUCUGCCGCCGCAAGCAUCGCAAGCCACAUCGGCUUUCCUCCCCGCCGGUGCACAACAUGGGGGCAUGCAAAACGCGAGCGAAUAUGGCCACCCUUUCACCGCACAGCCCAGUGUCUUUCGGCAUCCUCAACCACAUGUAUCUUCGAUGAUGCAGGAUGCCACACUCUCCCGACCGCUUGCGCAACAGCCAUCGUUGAGUCAGAACGUGCUGAGCUCGUUGUUAUCGGCCAUGUACCAGCCAUCCCAACAGCAGCAACAACAACAACAGCCACAACAACAACAGCAACAACAACAGCAGCAGCAGCAGCUUCAGCAGCAACAACAACGGUACCAACAACACAUGCAGCUGUCGCAGAUGCAGAUAGGGGGCCAACAGCAAACCGGCUUCGGCCAUUCCCAACAGCACUAUGCACAACCGCACCGGCAGCAGCAGCAGUAUAGCAGCCAGCACUACGCGCAUCAGCAGCAGCUGCAAGGCAUGCUGCAACAACAAAUCGAACAACUCCAACAGCAGCAGCAGCAGCAGCAGCAGCGAGCCCAACAACAGCAGCAACAAGCCCAACAACAGCAGGUGCAGCAGGCACACGGACUGACAUUGGAUUAUGCAGCGCGGUUCUCAUCGGCACUGCGCACGUCCAUGACAUCACAGCAGCAGCAGCAACAGCAGCAGCAGUGGCAGCAGCGUGCUAGCAACACCGUAUCCUCAUCGUCUCAACGAAACCCACUCAACCAGCACGGCUCGCGGCAGCUACAGCUGGCGCCAGCUCAAGCGCGAGCACGCAAGGAUGAACGCACGAGCCAGCAUCCCCUGCAGAGAGAACGGCAACGAGAACAGCAGCAGCAAGAGCAGCAAGAACAACAGCAGCAAGAGCAACAAGAACAACAGCAGCAAGAGCAGCAAGAACAACAGCAGCAAGAGCAACAAGCGCAGGAACAAUCGUCCACCCUUGACUCUGCCUCUCCCGUGGACGAACAAGACAGCAACGCGAGCGACGACCGCAAUCGCAACGACGUUGAUGACGAUGGUGGUAGUGGUGCCGAUGGCCCUGAUGGGCAGCGAGAGGGGGAGGACGGCAGUAGCUCCCAGCAGGUGAGCGUGAACAGUGACAGUCCCUCCAGCAGUGACAGCGGCGGCAACGGCAAGCGGGGCUCAACAAAGACAUACAAGAAGGCUGCCUGCAGCACAAGCAGUAUCAACAGCACAAGCAGCAGCGGCAGCAGCAACAGCAACAGCGGGUCCGGCAGUAGCACAACCCGCCUUGCCCGUGUCUUGCACACCCUGCGCGACAAAGCAGAUGACCCAGAUGCAACCGCCACCCCAACGGCCACUCACGCUCCGACAUCAGGAAGAGGGGCCAACACAUCAGCCGCAACCCAAGACAACGCCAAGCAGGAUGCAACAGCUUCUGCACCAACGAAACCCACGGCGGCAACAGCAACGCUGCAACCACCACCACUGCAGCCGACGGGUUCAGCAGUGAAGCGCGAUGGCAUCCGAGGCGGGGCAGGUGUUGAUUACCACACACAGGUGGUUGAGGAGACGCUUGAAGCACUUGCAAAGAGCAAACGGCCCCAGGACACUGUGGCCGUGACGCUGGUCGCCAAUGUGCAGCGCACUGGCGGUCAGCAGACAGUGGCUGUUGCGCAGCAGAAGAAGGUGCGUGGCGGCGUGGGUGGUGACUUGGAUGCUGGGUUGGAGUUGGCAGGCGCGUUUCGAAAGCGCGACGGAGACUUGGGCGGUGGCCAGGAUGAUGACGACGACGAUGAUGGCGUGGCUAGCAGCAGCAGUAACGGCAACAGCAAUAGCAACAGCAACACCAACGGCAGCAGUGGAAGCGGCAGCAGCAGCAACAACAAUGCCAUGCAUGUGCAUUCCUCAUCGUCUUCAAGCACGACCAACUCCAACGGUCACAACCAGCGGCUUGCUUCCGGUACAUCUGGCAUUUCCUCUGGCACGGGCGCGUCCCACCCAGACUCUGCGUCGUCAUCGUCCCUCGCCACCAACACCCCCUCCAACGCAGCACCGCCCACAGCCACAUGCACGGGCGAAGGCAGUGGCAGCACAAGCAGCCGCCCUCACAGUGCAAACAGCAGCAACAGCGGCGGCCGUGACGGUGCUGAUGGUGCUGACGGUGCUGGUGGACAUGGAGCCACUGGCCAGCAUGAUGUCUUCGUCAUCCUCGUCGUCGGUGCAGCCAGCAUCGUCGCCCACCUCUGGCUCAGCAUCAUCGGUAACAAAGACAUCAACAGACGACAAGCUGACAACUGCGGUUGCUUCAUCGUCAUCGCCAUCAUCGGCCACGCCGCCGACAGCAAAGGGAAACCAGGCAGAAGAAAACAACGAACCAGGUGA